GCGGCACCCGCGCCCUUCCUCCGUCGCAAGAGACGAUCUAUCCCGGGUCGACAAAGUGAUUGGUCGCUAUCUCGCGUAUUUUAUUGAUAACGUCGCCGCCGUACACACUCGCGAAAUACGUGUGCUCUAGCGCGCGUCGAUUCCCUCCAAUUUUCCUAAUACUUUUCCCCUCCCCAUCGCGUUUGGUCGACAUUCGAAUGUUACGACUAGUCGCGCAACGAAUUCGUACUUCGUUGCACGUGCGGUACCGCGAAUGAUUCCCUCCCUCUCGCUACCUCACGUUCAUCCGACGCACCGGUCGUGCCGCGGUGUCUUUUCAGUGCGACUCUUGUAGCCCGUCGGGCUUGCCGCCGGUUAAUCGAUCUCUAAUCGGUCAAAAUAAACGUCCUAACAUCGUUGUUUGUCGUUCUACGCCCGGCACUGAUGUGCGUUCAACCCUUUCGCGCCCGAUAAUAAUACAUCAUCAUCAUCACCAUCAUAACGACCCGACGGUUACAUUAUGGCAUCAAAACUUUAUAAUAUAAUUGUUGGUGGUGCAUCAGUAGGUGCUGGAGCUUAUUUCACUACAUGGUUGUUAACCGGAGAAAAUCCAAGUGAAUUACAAUCAGUGCAAGCAGAAGCUGGAAAAAAAACAGGUAGAAAACGUACAUUACCACCAAGAAACACUCAAAUUCAGUCAUUAAAAUCAGAAAAUUUCGAUGUCCUAAUUAUUGGUGGUGGUGCUACAGGGGCAGGUUGUGCAAUUGACUCUGUAACUCGUGGUUUAAAAACUGCACUUGUUGAGUUAGAUGAUUUUGCAUCAGGCACAUCAAGUCGUAGUACCAAACUUAUUCAUGGAGGUGUACGCUACUUGCAAAAAGCAAUUCUUAAUUUAGAUUGGGAACAAUAUAAAAUGGUAAAAGAAGCAUUGCAUGAACGAUCAUCUAUGCUUAAAACUGCUCCUCAUCUCACUCAUGCUAUACCAAUCAUGUUACCAGUUUAUGAAUGGUGGAAAGUUCCAUACUACUGGGUUGGUAUAAAAGCUUACGAUCUUGUUGCUGGUUCAAAAACGGUUAAAAGUUCUUAUUAUUUAUCUAAAACUGAAGCAUUAGAAAUAUUUCCUAUGCUUAAAAAAAAUAAAUUAGUUGGAGCUAUUGUUUAUCAUGAUGGCCAACAAGAUGAUGCAAGAAUGUGUCUUGCUCUUGCACUAACUGCCACUCGUUAUGGUGCUACAGUAGCAAAUCAUGUAAAAGCAAUGAGUCUUCAUAAAGACGCUGAUGGUAAAAUAUGUGGUGCACACCUUCGAGACGAACUAACUGGAGAAGAAUGGGAUGUUAAAGCAAAAUGUGUAAUAAAUGCUGCUGGCCCUUUUACUGAUUCUGUACGCCAAAUGGAUGAUACAUCUGUCAAGGAAAUAUGUACACCAAGUAAAGGUGUACAUAUUGUAUUACCUGGUUAUUAUAGCCCUGAACAAAUGGGACUCUUGGAUCCUGAAACAUCUGAUGGCCGUGUUAUAUUCUUUUUACCAUGGCAAAAACAUACAUUAUCAGGUACUACAGAUAGCCCAUGUGAUGUGACAUACCAUCCAACACCAACAGAAGAUGAAAUUGGAUUUAUAUUGAAUGAAAUUAAAAAUUAUCUCAACUCUGAUGUUGAAGUACGCCGAGGUGAUGUUUUGAGUGCUUGGGCUGGCAUUCGUCCAUUGGUGUCAGAUCCAAAUAAAGGUGACACUCAAUCAUUAGCUCGUAAUCAUAUUGUGCACAUAAGCAAAUCUAAUUUAGUGACAAUUGCUGGAGGAAAAUGGACUACAUACAGAUCUAUGGCCCAGGAAACUAUUGAUGCUGCAAUUCAAGCUAUUCCAGAAUUAAAACCCACAAAACCUGAAUGCCAAACAGAUGGUCUUCAGUUGGAAGGAUCGCAUGGAUGGACACCAACAAUGUAUAUUCGAUUAGUACAAGAUUUUGGCUUAGAAUGUGAAGUAGCUCAACAUUUAGCUACAUCAUACGGUGAUAGAGCUUUUGCUGUAGCUAAAUUGGCUAAUCUCACUGGUAAACGUUGGCCAAUCAUUGGUAAUAAAAUUCAUCCUGAUUUUCCAUAUAUUGAUGCUGAGAUUCGUUAUGGAGUUAGAGAAUAUGCUGUUACUGCAGUUGAUAUGAUUGCUAGACGUUUGCGAUUGGCAUUCUUAAAUGUACAAGCUGCUCAAGAAGCCCUUCCAACUAUUGUUAACAUUAUGGCAGAAGAAUUAAAAUGGAGUCCUGAAGAAAAAGAGAAACAAUUGAAAAUGGCUAGUAACUUUUUGGCAACCGAAAUGGGUAUGAGUGUGAAUAGAGCUUCUCGAGACAAAAUACCAAUCACUUUAUCUAAGGAGGAGAUCAAAAUGUAUGUCAACAGAUUCCAAAUUAUCGAUCUUGAUCGCAAAGGAUAUGUUUCCAUUAAUGAUAUUCGUAGGAGUAUGAAGAAUGCCGGUGAAGAUGUCAAAGGUGAAGAACUCCAUGAAAUUCUAAGAGAAAUUGACACCAAUAUGAAUGGCCAAGUUGAACUUGACGAAUAUUUACAGAUGAUGUCAGCAAUAAAAGCUGGUCAUAUUUCCCAUUCUCGUUUUGCCAAAAUGGCUGAAUUAGAAGAAGAAGCACAUAGUAAAAUGAAAAGUAAAAUAAGUGUUGAAAGAAGUGGAGGUGGCUUAUAAAUGAAAAUUAAAUAUUCUUUUCGUAUAAUUAAGUAAAUUAAAAAAUUUUUUGUUUGUUUUUGUUUAGCAUUUGCGAACAAUUUGUAGAUAUAUUAUGAAUGAAACCAUAUUUUUAAUCCAUCUUUUUUUUUUGUCUUGUUACAAAAUGUUAAAAUAUGUUCAAAACGAAACCAAUGCUGUUAAUACCAAUGUUAAAAAAAAAAUACACAAAAUCUUAUUAAAUAUGAUGCUUCUUAA